UGUCUUAUUUCCUCGGCAUAAGUAGCUCGAUAUUAACUUAUACACGAACGGCGUAUUGUUUUGAAUUACAACAAUUUGUCCAUAUAUUUCCGAAUUUUAGUUAAUUGAAAGAUAUGGCGAGCAUAUUACUAAUCGCUUGUCUGGCUAUAUUGGGUUUAAUCAUAGCAAUCUCACUCUUCCUAGCUGGCGGCUAUUUGUGGUGGCGGCACAAAAGGUCGCAAUUACAAUUUAUAGAGCCCAAUGAAGAUGAGGACUCGAGUAGUUAUAGUCUCAGGGCUGCACAGGACAUUGUCGACUCUAGCAAUCCUCCAAAUAAGCCACAAGUGCCGCCGGUGACUCAAGCUCUUACAACUCCUUUGCAAAAUAAUAUAAAUAGGAAAUUAAAUGGAUUCUUGAGUUUAAGAACGCCAUUAAUUGGUGGAACGGCGACAUCGCAGACAAAAUCACAAAACAGUUCCAUAGGUGGAAAUGCGGGGGAGGGAACAACGAAGGAUGCAGCUAACAAAAGUAUCUCAAUGACCGACAUGUACUUGGAUAGCAAUGAUCCAAGCGAAAAUGUUGGGCAAAUACAUUUUUCUUUGGAAUAUGAUUUUCAAAAUACAACACUAAUACUGAAAAUUCUGCAAGGCAAAGAGUUGCCAGCAAAAGAUUUAAGCGGCACAUCGGAUCCGUAUGUUCGUGUCACUUUGUUACCCGAUAAGAAACAUAGAUUGGAAACAAAAAUUAAACGCAGGACGUUAAAUCCUCGAUGGAACGAAACGUUUUACUUUGAGGGAUUUCCGAUUCAAAAGUUACAAUCUAGGGUUUUACAUUUACAUGUUUUUGAUUACGAUCGCUUCUCUAGAGAUGACUCUAUCGGCGAAGUAUUUCUACCCCUAUGUCAGGUCGAUUUUGCUGGCAAACAAUCAUUUUGGAAGGCAUUAAAGCCACCGGCAAAGGAUAAAUGUGGAGAACUUUUAUCUUCAUUAUGUUACCAUCCUUCCAACUCCAUUUUGACCUUAACAUUGAUCAAAGCUAGGAACUUGAAAGCUAAGGAUAUUAAUGGAAAAUCUGAUCCAUAUGUUAAAGUUUGGUUGCAAUUUGGCGACAAACGAAUGGAGAAGAGAAAAACGCCAAUAUUUACAUGUACAUUAAAUCCUGUAUUUAAUGAAUCAUUUAGUUUUAACGUUCCGUGGGAAAAGAUACGGGAAUGUUCAUUAGAUGUUAUGGUAAUGGACUUCGAUAACAUUGGAAGAAACGAGUUAAUAGGUCGAAUAUUAUUAGCUGGUAAAAACGGCUCUGGGGCUUCAGAAACGAAACAUUGGCAGGAUAUGAUCUCGAAACCCAGACAAACUGUAGUACAAUGGCAUCGCUUAAAACCUGAAUAACUUCUAAUAUUAAUAUACCAGAAAAUAUAUAUAAUAUAUACAACAUGAAUUGAUUUAUACUAUCAAGAAUAGCAUUAAUUAUUGACAAAAACCUAAGGUAUUUCCCCACUUCAGCACAACAGAUAAUUUAAAUGUGUUAAAUAAAUAGAGAAUAGAGAAAUAAAUAAAAUUUACAUAAAUUAAAAUGUUCUCAUAGAAAGUAAUAGUUUUAUACGUGUUAUAUAAUACAUUGUAAUUUAAGGGGUUCCUUGGAAUCUUAAAAAAUGUUAUAUGCAUAUUUUUUAUUAUUUAAUAAUAAUAUAAUUUUUUUUUUUAAUAAUUUCAAAUUGUCUUUGAAAACCUAUUUAAAUUAUCAUUUUAUUUUUUUUAUUUACCUUUUUUUAAAGCAGUAAUUAGAAAUUAUUAAUUUGUGUCUUUACAAAAGAAAAUUAAAU